AUGCGUGUGCCAAUGCUUUUAUCCCAUGAGCUUGCUCGUCCUCACCAUGAAUUCAACAUUCCAGUCGUUGCCCGUCAUCAUCAUGUCGUUUCGAUUUCAUGGAGUUUCUAUGCGCAGCUUUGGAUGGCUGCUCUUUAUCCGCCGGCUCGCGCUUCUUCACCGUCGAACCACCGUACGGUUGAGCAGACCGAGCGUAUGCUGAAUGAGGUGCUUGUGUCACCACUGACCAGAGCUUCACCAACCAUAGUUGGUUUUCUGUUUGGUGUAUGCAUGUGGAAUGAGGAUGGUAUGCUAUACAAAGACAUUUUUGGAAAGGCAAGAACUGUUUCGUUCAUGUUCUCCGUUUCAUGCCCUUUCGCUACUUCUUCGGUUGGCCAUCCGGUGUUCCUGGCCUUCUACGCCGCUUUUCAUCGACCCCUUUGGGCCAUCUCUCUUCUUUCCUUCCUCUACCUCUCACAUCAUGGUUCAUUUUCUUGGAUUCAUGCCAUUCUGACGUGGCGCAUUUUCUCGCCACUUUCGAAACUCACGUGGAUCGCACUCGUCUUCACGGAACCGAUUAUUCUGUACUUCUUCUCAUCGUUGUAUCGACCAUCUUACGCUACCAAUUGGAGUACGGUAAGUGUUUUGUGA